CGGUCCUCAGUGUUGAUUAUUGCUGGUGGCUUCUGAACAGCCUGUGACCUCACGGCGCCAUAUUAAAAUGCUCCCUCCUCUUUUCCCCCAGUGAGCUUUUUAGCUUAGCAGCAGCAGCAGCAGUAGUUAGCCGCCAACCUGCUUUUUACAUCGCCGGGACUGAUAGAGGGCAACGACGUGAUGGAAAUUGACUCGCUUCAAGAGGCACUUAGAGACUUUGAUAAGAAAGCGAAAAAGGAGGCAUCACCUCUCCUGGAACAGUUCCUAUGUCAUAUUGCCAAGACUGGAGAGACCAUGGUCCAGUGGUCUCAGUUCAAGAACUACUUCCUGUUUAAGUUGGAAAUGGUGAUGGAUGACUUUAGAGCUUCGGCACCUGAGCAAAGAGGUCCGGCAAAUCCAAAUGUGGAGUCAAUUCCAUUUGAAGAUAUGAAGGAGAGAAUUUUAAAGAUCGUAAAGGGAUAUAAUGGAAUCCCAUUCACAAUCCAGCGCUUGUGUGAGCUGCUCACAGAACCUAAGAGGAACUAUACAGGAACAGACAAGUUCCUUCGGGGGGUAGAGAAGAAUGUAAUGGUUGUAAGCUGUGUACAUCCAACCUCAGAGAAAAAUGGAUGCAGUGCUGUCAAUAGAGUGAAUGGAGUGAUGCUCCCUGGAAACACAUCUGCUUUCACAGAAAGGAAGGUGAAUGGUCCAGGAACUCCACGGCCUCUAAAUCGACCGAAAUUGUCACUGGCUACCUCACUAGCUGCUAAUGGCCUGCCAGACAGCACAGACAGUAAAGACCUCAACGACGAGCAAGAAGAAGACAAAGACUCCAUUGAGAUUUCAGCAUCGGAAGCCUCCCUAGGGAGCUCGGUGAAAAACAAACACCCAGACGCAGAAGAGGACAUGGAAGCUGAGCAGCAGGAGGUGAAGAGACUGAAGUUCAGCAAGGAGGACGAGGAUGAGGAAGAUGAUGAAGAUGACGAAGAAGAAGAACAGGAAGAGGAUACAAUGAGGCCAGCACAUAACUCUUGCCUUUUGAAAGAGGCUGAAGCCAUGGUACAAGAGGAUGAAGAGGUGGAUGAUGAGGCAGAGAAGGACGGGUAUAGCAAAGAAAAUGAAGCUUCCAGCAGUGCAGCUACCACUGAAGUCCAAGAACCAACAAGCAGCACACAGGCUGAGGUGUGCUUGGACUCAAGUGAGGAGUUGGAACAAGCUGAAAGGGAGGUGCCAUGCGGCUCCCAGGAUGAAGGCAGUGACAUGGACCAGACUGAGCAGCAGGCACCUGCAGGCGUCCUGGAGAGUCCUGAAACUAGCAGGGACGGUGAGGACAGCAACAGUGACCCAGUCAGCAGCAGCAGUAGCAGCAGCAGCAAUGGCAGCAGCAGUAGCAUAGAGGACGGAGCAGAAGCAGCCAGAGAAGAUGUAGCUUUUGCUCCUUCAAGUAGUACGACUGAACCUCCCACAGGGGACGCCAUGGAAAAUGCCAUCACUAACACUGGGAUCACAGAGGAGCCUAUGGAGCAGGACUAGACUAAAAAGUCCACUGCUAGCCAAGUGUGACCACACACCAGCUUGUCCUUGAAUCCAGCUUGACUGUCAGUGGGAGUGAGGCCGACUGGUCCUUCUACUCAAAACUAAGAGCCUCCUCCCACUUUAGGACCCUCCACCCAAAUGGCUACCUGGCAUUAGUGUGGGCGUAGAAAUGAGUUGGGUUUUUUUUUUUGUUUUUUUUUUUACUUAAACAUUUUAUUGAUCUUCUUGUCUUGAAUUUUUAAGUAACUCUUCAAAGAGGUUGAUUUCGGCAGCCUUGAGUUUGUUGGCUGGGAUUUUUUUUUCAAUGGAGUUGUUUUGAGUGUUUUGGGUUUUAAAGCCACUCCUUCUAGCCUUGUUGGAUGCCGUGCCAGGAUUGGUGGUUUAGGUUUUGUACCCUUUAAGCCCAAUGGUCAGAACAGAGCCAUACCAGCCCACAUCAUUAUUAUUUAUGAAGUUGUUCAAAUUUGAGCUAUCAACACCAUUUCUAUUCCUGACUGAAGCACAUGUAAAAUAUUCCUUAGUUAAACAAUAUUCCAGACCUAACCUCCCUCCCUCAUAACUUUGUAGUUUCUCCUUGCUAAUUAUUUUAAAAUUUACUUCCCAAUCAUGGUGUGAUGGGAGAGUAUUUUCCAAUGUGUCCUUAUUUUAAUCUUUUUUUUCCCUCUGUCUUUGCAAACAUACACUACCGAUCCCCUCUGAAAGAUAUGGUGACAUGCUACUUUUGUAGAGAUGUCCUCUGUAAAUUGAGAUAUUUUGAAGGUUAAAAAAACCCACCAUAAUUUAUGACCAUUACUAUUGAAGUUAUUUUGGAAAUAUAUUUUUUGUUCCAUCUGCCAGUUUCUGUUUCCGAAAAACCAGCUGUAAGUACAAAGAUGACCUCCGCUUUGUAUUGUGAUGUCACCACGUCGUUUUCACUGAUGCCCAGAGCAGUUUCUGGUUCCAGUUCUACACCUGUUUCUGCAGCUGUACUUUUUGAUAUUUAGGAUUUUAAAUUUCUGUAAAGUAGAAUUUUUUUAGAUUGUAAUACAGUCAUGUGUUCACUGCCUUUGUGAAACCAUAUACAGUUGUAUAAUUUCUGUGUAUACUCUGAAUGCUUUUGCUCUCAACGCAGUAUUCAGAAUAAGCAAUAAAUGUUAACAUUUUU